GGUGCGCAUUCCCGCAUUGGCUGUGCAGCCCAGUCCAAGGCGCUUUGCGGGACUCCAGAGCCGAACAUGGGGUGCAGUUUUGUCACCGUCUGCCCAAAGACGCUUUGAAGAAUCGAGACGUGUGCAAGAUCCCUGCUGAAGACGGAACAAUGUGUCGGUUUCUGUGAAGAAUCCACUCAUCUCCAUCCGCCUGCUUGGCCGAAAAGUUCAGAGAGCGAAAGAAAGAAGAGAGAGAGAGAAAGAGUGAGAGAGAGAGAGACGGGAGGCUUUACUGGAAACUUUCUCAGUCCCUGGAUCCUCCGAGCUCAUCCAAGGGAACCCAGUCAGGGAGUUUCAUGCGUAAUAUUUCUCUACCCUGAGGUCCAGGCUGUAAGGGGAGCAGUAGGUCUCUGAGCUCCAAUGCCAGUGGACAUGCAGCCACAUCAGGGGCUGUAUUACUAUGAGACCUCACCCAGCCAGCCCUCCAGAGGCCUCGUCCCAUCGGACCAGUCUCCCUACAGCGAUGUGUCUCCGCUCCGAGCCCCGCACCUCGACGGCCCGCCGCAGGACUGCCACGUUAUGUACAAUCCCAUGACUCAUGGAUCAGGAUCAGGUCCGGUCCAGGGAAACAGCCACUGCAUGGAUCAAUACAUGAGGCCCCCUCAGGCCCCCCCACCACACAGUAUGAUGGGCCACAGGGGCAUGCCUCCCACAGAGGGUAGCAAUGGCACCCCCUACUGUAACCAGAACAACAUGAUGUCAUCGCACCCCAACUUCUGUCAGCUUCAGCCCGGCUCUGAACAGAUCGGCUCUGGCGAUGGCUCCAGGUUCUCCACACCUCGCUCCAUGCUCAAGCUGAGUAAAAAGAGAGCUCUGUCUAUCUCACCUCUAUCUGACGCCAGCGUAGACCUGCAGACCGUCAUUCGGACCUCGCCCAACUCGCUCGUGGCCUUUGUUAACUCUCGCUGUAACCCCAACGGCGGCAGCUCCUACGGUCACCUGUCUGUCAGCGCCAUGAGUCCAUCUCUGAGUUAUUCCAGCAACAUGAACUGCCACUCCAGACAACAGGGGUCCAUGUACGGAGGAAACGGCGGUACGCCUUUGGGCGUUCACACACCGGGUCCCUGCCAAGCUUCUCGUUUACCUCCCCACAAUCCCCGGCUCCUCGCUCCACCCAAGCACGGACACCAGCUGAAAACAGAGCCAGGUCUGGUAGGCGUGAUGGACGGCAUGAAUGUGAAGAACCUGGAGGAAAGGUCGGAGGGAGACGUAGCCAGUCCUUCUUCCACCGGCACUCAGCAGGAUCAUCUGAUGGGCCUCCUGGACGGCAGAGACGACUUGGACAAGGAAGACGGGAAGCCGGAGCCAGAGGCCAUCUACGAGACCAACUGUCGCUGGGAGAGCUGCAACAAGGAGUUUGACACACAAGACCAGCUUGUUCACCACAUCAACAACGAGCACAUCCAUGGAGAGAAAAAGGAGUUUGUCUGUCACUGGCAGGAGUGCUCUCGAGAACAGAGGCCUUUCAAAGCCCAGUACAUGCUGGUGGUUCACAUGCGCAGACACACAGGAGAGAAGCCACACAAGUGCACUUUUGAAGGCUGUAACAAGGCCUACUCUCGCCUGGAAAAUUUGAAGACCCACUUGCGCUCUCACACCGGGGAGAAACCAUAUGUAUGCGAACACGAGGGCUGCAACAAAGCCUUUUCCAACGCUUCCGACCGGGCCAAGCACCAGAACCGAACUCAUUCCAACGAGAAACCUUACGUUUGCAAGAUCCCUGGUUGCACUAAGCGAUACACGGAUCCAAGCUCACUGCGUAAGCACGUGAAGACGGUGCACGGGCCCGAGGCCCACAUCACCAAGAAGCAUCGCGGAGACACGGGGCCACGACCCCCUGGCUCAGCUUUGACCCCUGGGGGCCAAACGUCUGAGCUGUUGCUGGAAAAAGAAGAGACAUGCAGGGAGGACUGCAAACUGUUGGCGCCUGAGACCGCUCUGAAGUCCCAGCCAAGUCCCGGCGCUCAGUCGUCUUGCAGCAGUGAGCGUUCUCCACUGGGGAGCACCAACAACAACGACAGCGGCGUGGAGAUGAACCUAAAUGCGGCGGGGAGCUUGGAUGAUCUCACCGCUUUGGAGGAUGGAGUUGCAGGUGGAGGCGGAGGAGGAGGGGAACCCGGGACGAUGGGAAUGUCCGCGCAGGCGCUGAAGCGGCUGGAGAACCUGAAGAUUGACAAGCUAAAGCAAAUUCGAAGGCCGACUCCUCCUGGCCGCUGUGCCAGCAGCAAGCUUCCUGCCAUUCCUGGUACAGGGGAGAACAUGGGAAUGUGUGCACCUUCUCCACUUAAUCGACGAGUGAUGGAGCUUUCCAGCCACGAGCUCGGAGCUGGAAACGUAGCAAACGCCGCUAAUGACAGAAGAGGAAGUGGCACCAGCAGCCUAAGCUCGGCGUACACAGUGAGCCGCCGCUCCUCCAUGGCAUCGCCGUACCUAUCCAGUAGACGCUCCAGUGAUGUCUCCCAAAUGGGAGGGACAGCAGGGGCCGGAUGUCACCUUCUGAGUCCGGAUCAAGCUGUGGGAGACCCUCUCUCACCCGAAACCUAUCGUAGAGGAGCUCCAUGUCCCGGGGGUGGGGGGUUACCGGGUCUCCCCAACUUAACACCUGCUCAACACUACAGCCUGAAGGCCAAAUAUGCCGCAGCCACCGGCGGGCCUCCACCCACCCCCUUACCCAACAUGGAGCAGCCCAGUACACCAGUCAGAAGAGGGGGUGCGUUGACUGAGUACCAGGGGCAGCCGCUGCCUCCUUUCCUUCAACAAGGCGGUCCUCGGCGGCACAGUGCCAACACAGAAUACGGCACUGGAGUUAUCUACCCUCACCAGGCUCCAGGCAACAACACCAGGCGUGCCAGUGACCCAGUUCGAUCCGUAGCAGACCCACAAGCUCUACCCAAACGCUUUAACAGCCUCAACAACGUGGCCAUGAUGGGUCGCAGAAAUGCACUGCAACUUCGCAGCUCUGACGCCGGUCUUUCCCGCCACAUGUUCUCGCCUCGUCCUCCUAGCAUCACAGAAAACGUAAUGAUGGAAGCCAUGGGCAUGGAGCCCCAUCUCAACGCCGGCGAUGCCCGAGAUCGGUCCAUGAUGAUGACCCCCGUUGAGAGAAACUUCAUGACUUACCAGCAUCAGAAUCAGACAAUGGGAGGUGGAGGUCUGCUCCCGAACCAGCUGUCCCCGAGCCAAGAGUCUCUGGGCUGCCCCGAUCCCGGCUACAUGCAGCGACACUACCAGGGACAUGGCGGAGAAGCCAUUUCCAGAGCUAAUGGGAAUCCAUUAGGUCAAGCAAGACCGACACAGCCAGACGGGAUGUCAACCACACUUCUCCAGCAGGCUGAGUAUCGUAUGAGCACCUGCCAGCUGAGUCCUUCAGGCCCACAUUACUCAAGCAUAGGUCAGGGCAGCGACAGUGGAGGUCCUUGGAACGACAACCACAACCAAAUCCAAACUUCAAGCCACGCAAUCCAGAGCCAGCAAUCAGUGCAGUACUCAGAUUCCAGUCUGCAGCCUCAACAAACACAAGCUCACUUCAGCAAUCAGACAGCCCUCUACAAUAACUCCGAUGGCACUCACAAACCUUUCAUCAAGCCUGAGCAGCAAUUCCACUCUGGUAUGGGUGGUGGAGAGGCCUGUCAGAGCGCUAAACUCCAACAGCAACGGAUCCUCCUGCAGCAAACCCAGGCUUACCCCCAGCAGAGCGGCCAAGUGAUAAUGAGGAACUCAAGCCAUCCCAGCUGUGACUUUCAAGGACAAAACCCGAGUUCUUACUCCAGCGGAGGGGGGUUAAGCUUGGGCUGUGCUGGUUCGACGCUGUCAGACGGCCAAAGGUCGGAAACCCCAAUGAUGCAGGUGAAGGAGAUCAUGGUGAGGAAUUAUGUGCAGUCCCAGCAAGCCCUGAUGUGGGAGCAGCAGCAAGAGCAAGAGCAGCAGAGUGGAAUAAAGCCACCGUCUCUUUCUGACAACAUGGGUUUGAGUGCUCAAACAGCCAUGAUGCAGCACAGUCCAGAGCACCAGAAUCAGAACCUGUAUUCCAACCAGAUGUAUCCCUCUUAUGCAGAACGUAAUCUGGUCAUGAGCCCCGGUGCCCACAGCCGGGGAUCCACCUCAGUUACAGCUAAAGAUCAGCACCUGUCUGGUCUCCAGGGCUCAUGCUACAAUCAGGAAAUGGUGGUACCCCGGCCACCUCAGGGACGCAAGCCUCUUAGCCGCCAGAAUAGUCUGCCCCAGGUAGGAGGGGGUUACCUCGGCAGCUCCCCCCACCUCAGCCCUGUCCACUCCACCUCCAGCCCCAGGCGAGGGGUGCGACUUCCACCAGUCCAGCAUCCGCAGCACCCUCAGAAUGAAAUGUUCUCUCCCUCCAACAACAACGACAUGUACUACACGGGUCAGAUAAAUAUGGAUAUGGAGAAACACAGGGACGUCCAGAAUAGACCUUGUCUGAACCAGCAGAACACUAUGGGGCCCAAUCUGGACCCAGCAGGGGACACCAAGUCCGCCCCCAUGGCUCCUUAUCCGGAGUCUAGCCCUAUCUCGAAUGCCUUAGAAAACCUGGACUUGGAGAACGCUCGCAUUGACUUCACUUCCAUCAUCGACGAAGCCGACUCUUCCUCGUUCAGUCCAGUCAACAAUCCCCUUCAGGGUCAUCCGGGAUCUUCCUCACAGGCCUCUUCCCGCCUCACCACCCCGCAGACUUCUGUCAGCCUGGCUCCAGGCACUGGCCUGUCCAACAUGGCUGUGGGUGACAUGACAUCCAUGCUUACCUCGCUGGCUGGGGAGAACAAGUACCUGAACACUCUGUCUUAGAGGAUUCCUGGGCAGCUAAGCAUGCAUUAGCUAAAGACAAGCGAUGAACGGUGUCCUCGGCCUGCAGUUUAGAAGUCAGAUACUGUCACUUUGAGGGAUUUUGAGUGAUGGUUUAGCAAGACCAGAACAACGUUUCGGUGGAACAGUUCAUCAAAUGUAUCGAUAUUAAAUGAUAUAAACUGCCUUUAUCUCUAAAACCAGCCCUAGCUUACUGGAGUCUGUAGCAUACUAGAGACUCGUGUGAAAGGAAUCGAUAAGGUAAUCUAAUAGGUUUCGGGUGCAACUUGAAAAAGCUACUAAUAUAGUCUAAUCACAUAUUAAAAAUAUUAUGCAAGUCACCAUCAAAAACCUUAAAACCAAAGGUGCCAGAUUAUCCCCCAUUUGUGAUUUUUUUUUUUCCCCCACUACUGCCUUGGUACGGUUUUUCUGUGCCUUAGUGUAAGACAAAAAAAUUAUUUUUGAUCUGAACAUAGGAUGCUGAAGAGUUUUUAUCAAUCAAAAAGGGCUUUUGGCAACAGUGGAACAAAGAAGGAUUUAUGUAAAUAUGUUUUAUAUAUAUACAAAAUGUGUAUACGACAAUGAGACAUUGAAUGGUUGUCUUUUGCUAGUUUGCUUUGCUAGUUUGCUUGAAGCUCAACGUUCAGGGGUUAGUAUUUUUGUUUGUUUGAAGAGACGAGAAAGCUACGCUUUUAGUGAUUGAGAAAAGUUUCUCUGGCCUAGUAAAUCUUCUGUGUUACUCUUGAUUUCUUCCCUUUCAGUAUGAACACGAUCUGUGCCAGCAGCAUAUCAGUAUUUCUACACAUGCACCAAUGCAGCGCAGUCACAUGCAUUUUGUAACCCUGCACCUGUUCCUGCACAGACACUCAGGACUUGUUUUGAUUCUUUGGUGUUCACACUAAAUGUACUUUCGAAUUGCCUUUCCAAACGGAGAGUUUCCACAUGUUUACGUGAAAUGUUUCUAAAGCAGCUACGUUUUUAUCAGUCCUCUUGUGAACAGAAUGUGCCUACCGCUUCUGAGGUGCAUAUUUUUGAGCAAAGCUCACGCAUAGUACAUUUAUUUGUUAUUUUUGGCGCCCAUGUUCAAGGACUAUUGAAAGAUUUCAAAUAAACUAAUCCUUUUUUUGCAUUAGCAUGAUCUCACACUGAAAAAUUUAGAAUUUUUAUUAUUUUUUUAAUUGAGCUUUUAUUUUCAUUAUAUAAAAGAUAUACAAUGAAACUGACCAGCAACUUUCCCAUUGGUGCACAAAUGAGACAAAUAAUAACAAACGAUAGUAAAAUACUAACAACAAUAAGAACAAUUAAAAAAAAACAUAAAUGUAGUGUUGCAGUGGAAAGUAGGCAUAUUACUGCACAGAUUGACUUAAUUGUCUCUGGGCCAGAUUUAGGUGUUGCUCAUGGGUAAAAACUUGGGCUCCUGUUUCUAUUGGUUUAGACCAGAAGGUGGAAGAGACGCUGACAAAGGUGUGAUAGAUCUGACAGGAUCUUCUUUGCCCUUCUAAGACAACAGCAGGCGUCUUUUUAAGGCGGACAGAGGGCAGCCAAACACGUUCUGUACUGAAUUAUCUUCCCCGGUCCAGUUUGGAGACUUUGAUGACUCGCAAAAGUGGUCGAUUGUUGUUGGAUCAUGGACUUGCUGAAAGAGCCAUUGCUGAUAAAUUUUCAGUUUACUGGUACUGUCCAACAGAUUUCUAUUUAAAUAUCUCCUGGUAUAUCAAGAAGUCCCUUGCACUUAAUAAAAACUGGCUCACAGCAUCAGACAUCCGCUGCCAUACUUAACAAUGGACAUGACUUGCUUUUUAACUUAUUUAUUUGUUUUAUGUCACCACUAUCUGGAGUUUUUGUUGUUGAUUAGCUUCAUUUUAGUCUGCACAUUUACACAUUUAAAUAUUUACGUUAGUGCUCAUAGGGUAGAGAAGGCUUUUUCCACCCCCUAAAAUGCAACCCCAAAAAACGUCCUUUGAAUUUUGGCUGCUUGGUUGUGGAAAAUAGUUUUUUUACUGCCAAUAUUUAGUUCAACACAGAAAUCCUGAUUAUCCAAACAGUUACUCAUUGCGUUUGGAAAAAAACGAUGUAUUUAUAACUUCGAGAACAGUGAAUUGCCUUGUACGUUACAUUUUCCCUGCUACCUUCUUGCUUAAUCUUUCUAAAAUACCUGGCAGAAUAUUUAUUCAAAUAUAGGAUAUUAUAUAAAAAAACACAACUAUAAUAAAUAAUUUAGUUCUUAUUAACACUGGGGGAAAAAAUCAUAAGAUGUAUUCUGGGUAUAAAUUGAAAAACAUAAAAUUAUCAACAACAAAAAAGAAAAAUCAUAAUAAAUGUAAUAUUUGUCACAACGAAUAUUGUAUAAAGGUAAAUUAUUUUGACCAGCAUAUUUUCUCACAUUUUAGUGCACUAAGCUACCAAAGGAUCCUUUUAUAGGAAUUCAAAUUUAGGCACAAUCUAAUCAGUUUCAUAUUAGUUAGUUCAUAUUAGUUGCUUAAAGAUUGCUUCGAGUUAAGAUUCAGGUGGUUGUGCAGAUUUGUAUUGAUGCAGAGUGCUGUGCAGCAAAUCUUCCAAGGGUUUCAGUUUCUUGAUCUGUAUUUAAAUCUGAACUGUUCCGACUUAAACAAACCGACCUUUUACAAGCUUUCUACCUUUUCCUUUUGCUAAAUUCUGUCUUGGUCGCUGUGACUUUUUCAGUACGCAAUAGAGCCGUUUACCGCAGGAUGUUUCCGCUGCUGUUCUCCUCUUUCUGCCAUCUUUACUCAUCCUCACUUUUCAAAAUAUAUGACCACCCACAGCGCAGUAGUUUAGCCUUCGAAAGAGGCUGAAGACUGCGACAGAUGGGAGACAUUGCAAAAUAAAAGCUUUGUUGCAAAUGGCAAAAUAAUAUAAAAGCCAAUACUGAAAUUGAACGAUGAACAGCCCAACAGUAAAUGAAAGUUGGGGAUUACAAAAUAGAAAUCUCUUAGCCUUGCUGAUCAACUAUAAAAAUUUAAGGAUUCAUUAAAAAUAAUGCUUUAGUUUCCUUAAUUUUAAAGAAACUCUUAGGGGUACAAGUAAUUGUAUCAGUUUUUCCCCCCUGAAUAAAAGUUUUUUUUUUUGGUUGAGAUCUUGCUACUGCAAUAAAAGGUGCAAUUAUUUGAAAUCUUUUAACACAUCUCUUCCAGUGUUUCCAGUAAAUGUGGCCAGCAGUCUAUGCGUUAACAGUGAUGUACAUAGCCUAUGUUUAAACACGCUGCCUUUUGUCUACAUUAACGUUACCACCAGCUCACGCAGGACUCAGCUGAUGUGGCGACGUUCUACCGAGGCUGUUGAGUUCAUGCGUAAUCAUUUCCUAUAUUUUAGAAACCGAGGUACAUUCAUAGGACAGACAGCCUACUGCACUUUGGCUCUAAUCCCAAAGAGGAAAAUUCUGCAUAACUAAUUCACACCUGCUACCACUGUAGUAAAAGGUUUAUCAGGUACAGAGAGGUACUUUGUGCAACAGUUUCGCUGUAUCCCAGGAAGUAAGCUGCAGCUCUUUGUAGGAGAGCGGUUUUGCACUGAUUGCAGCACUGUUUGGAAGAGGUCCCUGUGUCUUUUGGCGACUCACGUCAGCCUCAUUUGCAUGACUAUACAGACUUUUAUACAGUAUUUUUUUUAGACAGUGACUCCAUCAAGCAUCUGAGCCUUCUUAAGCUCAGUUAGGCCACACAAAAGUAUUUCAUAAAGCAUGAAUAUUCAACAGAUCAUAGUAUUAUCACUUCAGCAUUAGCACCAAGUAAAAUUUCCUCCUUUUGGAACAAGUGCACAACGUACCAAAGACUCAAGGUAAACAGAGGAAAGGAUGCACAAAAUAGAGUUUUACAGCUCAACACUAACACUAGCCUAAAGUCCAUGAACAUUAAUUGUUAGUCCUGUAAUUUAGAAUGUAUGACGUGUUUUGUACAAAAUGUUUUUAUAUUAAUGAACCUUAUGGUUAUGUGUGUGUGUGUGUGCGCGCGUGUCCUUGUGUUUUUUUUCUUUUUUUUGUAACUGUUAUCCUUUAUUCUGACUUUUUUUGCUGGCAAAAGAUUUAUCACCUUUAGCAAAAAGAAAGCUAUUUUAGUAGCAAAAACUAAAAGAAUAAAGUGAAGUUUUAUUUUCUGUACAAUUUUCUACAUUUUUAUACAUAUGUGCUAUAUUUUACCAGUUCAUGAAUAAACGUGCAGUUUGAUAUGGG